AUGUAUGGCAAUGGUUUGUACUGGGACUCUUCCAUGGAAUCACCAAUUCAAACCAAAGAUGAUCAUUUCACCAAAUUAAUGAACCUUCAUCUUGAUAAGAUUGAUUUAGAGAAUGAAAAUAGAUUCAUCGAAGAUGAAGACUGCCAAACAGAUAAAAAACACUUUAUUACUGCUGAAUGGUUCCAUGAACUUUCAAAGGGCUAUCUCAACCCUUUUAAUAAGGGUGAUUUUAAAGAAGGACAUAUUAAAAUGCUUUUUGUUCAAGACCAAAAAUACAAUGAAGGGUACCAUAUCUCUCAUUCAAUGAGGAUGCCAGGUCUCAAAGGCAGAACAUUUUUACAAGCAAGAACUAAUCCAUCGCAGCAUGCAUUUUGCAAUAAUCUAAAGACAAAGGAGGAUAUUAAUUUGAUGAUUAAAAUUCUCAAGGAAACCAAGGCGAGACCUGCCGCAUCCAACUUUGACCAAUGCCCAUCGUUUGAACCAGUCACCACCCAAGAUGCCUCGACUCUAGCCUGCGAGAAAGAGUUUUCCGAUGCCUGUAAAGACGAGUACUCCAAACUAUCAAAGGACGAGUUGUUAAAGGACCCAAAAGGAGGAUCUAAAAUAAUAUCUACUAUUUUGAACUCGAAACUGGUACAUAAAGCUACCAUUGAUCACUGUAUGGUAAAAAAAAAUGACAAAGAAAGUGGACCAGUCCAAUUGGGUGCAUUCAAAGUGUUUUCUUUCAUUGGUAGACCUAAAAGCCCAUGUAGAAACUAUGACAAUCUAUCUUGGAAUUUCCUUAAAACCCAACCAACACAUCAACAAAAUGCUGAUAAUUAUGCAAUCCUUGAUCAAUGUUAUGCCAAAAACUAUGGAAUAGAGCAAAUAGAACCACAAAAAUCUUUUAAAAUUGGUGGCCCAAAAGUAACAUUUGAUAAAGAUGCAAUGGAUUUUUGUCCAAAUGAAGAAACCAACCAGAAAGAAAAAGAUAAGGAAGCUGAAGAAAAGAACAACCAAGAGGAAACAAAAACAAAAUUGGCAUCAACAUCAAAGCCAACUCUAACCAAACAAGAUGUUGAAAUGGAACCAUCAAAGCCAAUUGUACAAUCCCAACCACCACCACCAUCACCCACUUGCAACAAAGUUCGUAUUUGUAGCUUCAAUGACUUUGGUUUGGAUCCUUGGUUGGUUGUAGCUCGCCACUACAACAAACUCUUCUAUGUCAGUACUGAUCAAGUAUCAUUCCCAAGUCUUAUUGGAAAAACACAUGGAGUUGCAGUCAUUGAUCAUUGGAAUAAACCCUUUUCUGGUACAAAAAGAGCAAUGGAGGUAGGUGAACCAUCGAAUAAAUUGGCUAAAAUGGCUGGUGAUGGCGAUGAUGAUGAUGAUGGGCAAGCGAUCGUCAACAAAAACGAGAAUGAUAUUCUUGUUUCUGCUGAUGUUUUAAAAGAUAUCAAAAGGGAUAAGAAUAUAGAGAAAAAUAUCAAAGAAGAUGAUAUAGAAGCCGUUUCCCAAGACGACUCGGAACCCCUUUCAAACAAAAUAAGAAAAACACAUGAAAAGAUCAUGGUCUCUGCCGAUGGCUCCAUCCUUUGUCUUGGUGAUUCAAAUCGUAAUGAAUUCUCUGUUCAUCAUGCUGGAAGCAUUUAUUGCUUGGAAACAACAAAGACGACCAACCCAUUGGGUAAAAUGGUUCUUGACAUGAUUGGUGGAUACAAUUCAUACAGAGAAUUAAAGUUUGAUAGUCAAGGAGCGAUUGAAAUUGAAAAAUCUCGAAUGUGUUUGGCCAACACGGCAGGCAUAUUCUAUGCCCUUGACACUGUAUCACCUGACAUAAAGUUGGAAAAUACAAAUGGAAGAACAAAACUUAUAGGCUUAAAAAGUGAGAUCAAACCCAUUUACUUUGAACAAGAAGAAGUAAUCAAGAUGAAAGAUGGCCCAUCUUGUUUCGAAAUCAAAGAAAAUAUCCGAAACGAGCAAACUCUCUGA